CGGAAGUCAGUGACGCAUAUAGUCUACUGUACAUUUAGAUGCAGAUGGGGGCUAUGAAAUAAACAAAACAUCAUUGCCAUUUAGUUCGGAAGAAAGCGGUGGUGAGUGUUCAUUGUUUUGCUCUGUACGGUGCGUGCAUUUUGAACUGGGAUUUGAGCAUUUGAUCGCCGCGGAGCACUUCAGGAAAUGUAAAUUAUCUGGCUACAUUGUAACUGCUGCGCCUUUUUAAAAAUAAUUCUUCCUGAGACGACGCGUGUCUUGAUGGACUAGUUGGGACUAUAGGAUUGUGUUCAUAUCUGCAUUUCACGACCGCUGCUGUAGCCUACAGAAAUACAUAACUGACAGUAUUUCUACAACAUAAGGAAGUCUUAAAAAUACGAGCAGUGUAGGAGUAGGGUUUAUGCCCGUCAUGCCUGUUGCCGUGGCAGCAGCAGCAAGACAGGAAGUGUGUGUGUGAGUACGACCAGUCCGGUGGUUUCCGCUGGGAUGAACAUGCCACUGCACCAGAUCUCUGUCAUCCCCCGUGAUGUCCCUUCCUCCCGGGUCAGCAGCAGUGGAAAGGCCAAGGACAAGGACAAACAGAAUGAGAAGCCCCUGGGUCAUUCUGCCAGCAGGUCCAGCUAUAUCUCCAAGGCGGGGAGCCCCACCUCCGUCAACACCCCCUGCAGUUUCUCACGGACGUCGGUCACCCCCUCCAACCAGGACAUCUGCAGGAUCUGUCACUGUGAAGGAGAUGAUGAGAGCCCUUUGAUAACACCGUGCCACUGUACGGGCAGCCUGCGCUUCGUCCACCAGGGGUGCCUGCAGCAGUGGAUCAAGUCCUCGGAUACACGUUGCUGUGAACUCUGCAAGUACCAGUUCAUCAUGCAGACAAAGCUUAAACCCCUGCGCAAGUGGGAGACGCUCCAGAUGACGUCUAGUGAGAGGAGGAAGAUCAUUUGUUCUGUGACGUUCCAUGUCAUCGCCAUCACCUGCGUGGUAUGGUCCCUCUACGUACUCAUCGACCGCACUGCAGACGAGAUCAGAGCAGCCGGAAGAAUCCCAGGUAUCCUGGAGUGGCCAUUCUGGACCAAGCUGGUGGUGGUGGCCAUCGGCUUCACUGGCGGCCUGGUCUUCAUGUACAUCCAGUGUAAAGUCUACUUCCAGCUGUGGCGGAGACUCAAGGCCUACAACCGGGUGAUCUACGUCCAGAACCGCCCGGAAACGUGUAAAAAGCAGAUGUUGGAGAAGCCGCCCCUCAUGGAGCCCAAUGUGGAGCACAAGGAGGCUCUGGUCCCCACCCAGUCAGACACAAACUCCUCCCAGUACACAGAGACAGAGGACUACAGUAUGGAAGUGCUCCAUGUCUGACCCACAGAUACUGACACACAGUGACACACCAUGUCUGACCCACAGAUACUGACACACAGUGACACACCAUGUCUGACCCACAUAUACUGACACACAGUGACACACCAUGUCUGACCCACAGAUACUGACACACAGUGACACACCAUGUCUGACCCACAGAUACUGACACACAGUGACACACCAUGUCUGACCCACAUAUACUGACACACAGUGACACACCAUGUCUGACCCACAGAUACUGACACACAGUGACACACCAUGUCUGACCCACAUCAAGUGCCUUCAGAAA